AUAAUAUCCAAAGUCAAAUUUCCAGUUGUAGUUUUUCUGUUCUCGUUAAAACACAACAUUUGGUGCAAUGAGAUUUUUCCUACUGUUUGUGUCUUUGCUCGUUGCAAGCUUAUGGGUGGACACCGCGUUUGGAAAAGACGCCUUGUACGAACCGGUGAGCAAACAUGGUCAAUUGUCAGUUAACGGUGCCAACCUGGUAAACCAGAAUGGCGAGAAAGUGCAACUAAAAGGAAUGGGACUGUUCUGGAGCAUCUGGAUGCCCUACUUCUACAACAAAACAACAGUUGACGGAAUUAAGAACUACUGUCAUUCCAACAUAGUAAGGCCAAUGGUCACAGUGGACACCGUUAGCGGAGGGUACUUGACAGAUCCCGACUACGAAGAUGCCCUAGUAGAUGCAGUUAUAGAUGCUGCCAUUGAAGACGACAUCUACGUCCUUAUCGACUGGCAGGACUUUGAAGCCGAAAACCACUUGGAAGCGUCGCUUCGCUUCUUCGAUAGGCUGUCAAAGAAAUACGGCAGCUACCCCAACAUCAUCUACGAACCCUACAACGAACCCAUCACCUUGGAAUGGUCCAGUCUCGUAAAGCCCUACCAUGAAGCUGUAAUCAAAACUAUCCGCGCUAACGAUCCAAACAAUGUGAUUGUUGUUGGGGUUCCAAACUAUUCCACACGUUUGGACCUCGCCGUGGCGGAUCCUAUCGUCAAUCAAACUAAUAUCAUGUAUUCCCUACACUUCUACGCUGGUACGCAGAAGGAAUAUAACCGAGAAAUUGCUAAGAAUGCCAUCGAUGCUGGACUUCCAGUUUUUGUAACAGAGUAUGGUACUGUAAAUGCCGACGCUAGCCCACCAGUUGAUGAAGCUGAAGCUGAGUUGUGGUACAGUUUUAUGGACGAGUACGGUCUGUCGUAUGUAAACUUCGCUAUAUCCGACAAAGAUGAAGGGGCAGCAGCUUUGAUUCCGGGAACAACGGCCGAAAAUGUCUGCCAAGAGGAUUACCUUACCGAAUCAGGACGUCUCGUUAUAAAACACAAUAAAGCUUAAUUUUCAGGUUAAUAAAUAAUAUCACGUAAAGAAAUG